AUGGAAGCUGAAGGGCGUACAAAUUCGAACUUGAAGAUUAGGUUUAGAGAAGAAGGUGGGAGGCACUGGACUAAUGCCCUUCCCAUAGGCAAUGGACGCCUCGGAGCCAUGAUCUGCGGCAACCUCCAUUCCGAAACCAUUCACCUCAAUGAGGACACGCUCUGGACCGGGACACCCGCAGACUACACUGAUUCUAAAGCUCCACAAGCACUUUCUCUGGUUAGAAACCUCGUUGACCGUCAACACUAUCCACAAGCCACUGCUGCUGCUUCUGCCUUAACAGGACCGAAUCCAUCCGAGGCCUACCAACCUCUGGCCGAUAUCAAAUUGGACUUCGAUUAUUCCCAUUUCACCUGCGCCCAACAAACUUACGAGAGGGAACUGGACUUGGACACUGCUACUGUCAAAGUCAGCUAUUCCGUUGGAGAUGUCCAAUUCAAAAGGGAACACUUUGCCUCCUAUCCAGAUCAAGUCAUUGUCACUAAUAUUUCCGCCACCCAAAAUGCCAAACUUUCAUUUACACUUUCUCUGCACAGCAAAUUGAUUAAUCAAACCUACAUAAAUGGCACCAAUCAAAUUAUAAUGAAGGGUGUGUGUCCUGCUAAAAGGGUCUCACCUCAAUUCCAACACAGCGCACAAGAUACUCCACAGGGGAUUCAAUUCUCGGCAAUUCUUGAUUUGAACAUUGGUGGUACAAAUGGCGUCAUCAGUAUGUUGGACGACAACAAGUUGAAGGUUGAGGCUUCAGAUUGGGCUGUUUUCCUUCUCGUUGCUUCGUCCUCCUUCAGUGGCCCAUUUACCGCACCUUCAGAUUCUAAAAAGGAUCCUACUUCCGAGUGUUUCGGUAUAUUGAGCUCAAUAAACAAUGUAUCAUAUUCUGAUCUCUAUGCACGCCAUUUAAAUGACUAUCAAGACCUUUUUCACCGGGUAUCGCUGAAGCUUCCGAGAAGCACGCAGCGGAAUAUAUCAGAAGAUAGCUCUUUGGAAUUGGAGAGGCUUGCGCCGACUGUAGCUGACCUGUCUCUAGUGGACAGUGUAACACAAGUUUCAACCUCUGACAGGGUGAAAUCAUUUCAGACAGAUGAAGAUCCAUCCUUGGUGGAGCUUCUAUUUCAAUAUGGUCGAUAUUUGCUUAUUUCUUCUUCGCGUCCUGGAACUCAGGUGGCAAAUCUACAGGGAAUUUGGAACAAAGAUAUUGAGCCAGUUUGGGAUGGAGCUCCUCACUUGAACAUCAAUCUUGAAAUGAACUAUUGGCCUGCUCUUCCUUGCAAUCUUAGCGAGUGUCAAGAACCAUUGUUAGAUUAUAUUUCCUCUCUGUCUGUGAAUGGCAGUAAAACUGCAUAUGUGAAUUACCAAGCCAGUGGGUGGGUGGCACAUAGUAAAUCAGAUAUAUGGGCAAGAACAUCAGCAGGUCAUGGUGAUGUUCUGUGGGCCUUGUGGCCAAUGGGUGGAGCAUGGCUCUGUACUCAUCUAUGGGAGCACUAUGCAUACACAAUGGAUAAGGAUUUCCUUAAAUAUAAAGCAUAUCCCAUAAUGGAAGGAUGUGUCUCAUUUCUGUUGAGUUGGCUGAUAGAAGACAAUGAAGGAUAUCUUGAAACUAAUCCAUCAACUUCCCCUGAACAUAGUUUUAUUGCUCCCAACGGUGAGCCUGCUUGUGUAAGCCAGUCAUCCACAAUGGAUGUGGCCAUCAUACAUGAAGUCUUCUCCACAUUUCUUUCUGCUGCCAAGGUUACAGGGAGAACAGAGGAUAAUAUUGUCAAAAAAGUUCGUGAAGCUCAACCACGGUUACGUCCAAUCUAUAUUGCCCAAGAUGGUUCCAUAAUGGAAUGGGUGAAAGAUUUCAAGGAUCCAGAGGUACAUCACCGGCACCUUUCACAUCUAUUCGGUCUAUUUCCUGGGCAUACAAUUACUUUUGAGAAUACUCCAGCCCUGUUUGAAGCUGCUGAGAAAAGCCUCUAUAAACGAGGAGAGGAAGGUCCUGGAUGGUCAACCACAUGGAAAACUGCUUGCUGGGCGCGUCUACAGAACAGUUCUAAUGCAUAUAAGAUGAUCAAGCGGUUGAUCAACUUAGUGGAUCCAGAUCAUGAGACACCAUUUCAAGGUGGACUUUAUAGCAACCUUUUUGCUGCACACCCACCAUUUCAGAUCGAUGCCAACUUCGGUUUUGCAGCGGCAGUUGCAGAAAUGCUUGUGCAGAGUACAUUGAGCGAUCUUUACCUACUUCCUGCUCUUCCCUGGGAGAAAUGGCCAAAUGGCUCCUUGAAAGGCUUGAAGGCUCGUGGAGGAACAACAGUUAACAUAUGCUGGAGAGAAGGGGAUCUUCAGGAGGUUAGUAUAUGGUCGGAAGACCAAACAAGAACAACUCUGAGAAGAAGAAUACACUACAGAGGAACCGUGAUCACCGCAGACUUAGUGUCUGGCGUUUUUUACAUGUUCAACGGACAGUUGAGGUGUUUGAAAACCUGCCCUUUUUCAGAAAUAGCGUGUUCUUGA